CCCCAAAAACGACGUCUCCUCCCUCCCCGCUCCGCUCGAUCGCGUCCGAAUCCGUGGAGAUGAAGUCGCCGGCGAAGGGCGGCGCCGCCGCCGCCGCCUCCUCCACCGUGACGGAUCCGCUCCUCCCGGAAUACGCGGCGGAGAGCGGAGGCGGAGGAGGGGCGUCGGUGUCGGGGGCGGUGUUCAACGUGUCGACGAGCAUCGUGGGGGCGGGGAUCAUGUCGAUCCCCGCGGCGAUGCGGGUGCUCGGGGUGGGGCCCGCCCUAGCCCUCAUCGCCGCCGUCGCCUUCCUCUCCGACGCCUCCGUGGAGUUCCUGAUGCGCUACACGGGCUGGUCCUCGGGGGCCCCCUCCUACGCCGGGCUCAUGGGCGAGGCCUUCGGCCGCGCCGGCGCCGCCGUGCUCAACCUCUGCAUCGCCGUCACCACCGCCGGAACCCUAAUCGUCUUCCUCAUCAUCAUCGGGGACGUUUUGUCGGGGAGCGUGUCUGGAGGGGAGACGCAUGCGGGGGUGCUGCAGGAGUGGUUCGGCGAGCAGUGGUGGAACGGGCGGGAGGUGGCGCUGCUGUUCAUCGUCGUGUUCGUUCUGCUUCCCCUCGUGCUCCCCAAACGCGUCGACUCACUGAGGUUCACAUCGGCGGUAUCGAUCCUACUCGCGGCGGUGUUUAUGUGCAUAAGUCUGGGAAUAGCUAUCUCUGCGCUUAUUCACGGCACAGCGAAGAUGCCGCGGCUGUUCCCGGAUUUCGCAAACUUAUCAUCCGUCUUUGAGCUAUUCACUGCAGUUCCGGUUGUCGUCGUCGCCUUCACUUUCCACUUCAACGUGCACCCGAUCCGCGCGGAGUUGGAGAAGGCGUCGGACAUGGCGACGGCGGUGCGCGUGUCGCUGCUGCUCUGCUCGGCGCUCUACUCCGCCGUGGGCCUGCUGGGCUACCUCCUCUUCGGCGACGCCACCAUGCCCGACGUCCUCUCCAACUUCGACCGCUCUGUCUCCGGCUCUGGCUCCCCCCUCGACCGCGCCCUCAACGACGCCGUCCGCCUCAGCUACGCCCUCCACUUAAUCCUCGUCUUCCCCCUCCUCCACUUCUCCCUCCGCCUCAACGUCGAUGAGCUGCUCUUCGCGCGCCUGCGGGCUCGCCGGCCUCUCCGGUCGGAUAACGUGCGCUUCGCGGCGGUCACCGGGUGCCUGCUGGGGCUUCUCUACGUCGCCGCGGUCGCGAUACCGGAUGUCUGGGCGCUGUUCCAGUUCUUCGGCUCGACCACCGCCGUCUGCAUCUCGUUGAUCUUCCCCGGCGCCAUUGUGUUGAGGGACGUACAUGGCAUAGCCAAAAGAAGAGACAAGGUAUUGGCAGCUACUAUGAUAGCUUUGGCUGUGAUAACAAGCUCCAUUGCUAUUGCCUCCAAUAUUAUUAGCUCCUUUGGGGGCAAAGCUAGUGCCGAUCACGCAGCUCAAUGAGUCCCUGUAAAUGUUCAUCCAUAGUCAACCCAUCCAUAUAUCAGAGUGGUAAGAUCGAAGAUCGACCAAAAGUCGUUUAGUUACUGUAAUGUGAUUAUUUAUUAGUUCCCUUAUUGUUGUUAGAGAGAUGAUGAUGAGAUGCGUGUUCGAGACACAUCUUCGAGUACGAAAUGUAGCAUGCUUGUGUAUCAGAUUUAGAGUGACGAGCCAUCUUUGUGUAUAUUAAUCUUUUGUUCCUAAAUUCUUCUUUUGAAUGAUGUGAAAUUCGGUUCCAUUGGCCAACCUGAACAUAUAUAUUGGAUCUUUAUUUCUUUGUGUGAUC